UAUACGUCCGUUCUUAAUCAUGCAAAAAACAUUCCUCAUAAUUCAUUCCUCCUGGUACAUGGGACUGGUGAUGGUGAGUAUACCUGUCGUGCCUUUUGUAAAAUCAAUACUUUAUAAUAAGGAAUUUUACACUUUACGGAAACUUGUCGAAUAAGUAUAGGUGAUCAUGCGAUGGCGAGUACAAUUAGGGAUUAAUAGUACAAGUGAUGUUUGGAAGUUUUGCCAAAAUUGGACGAGCCGUCGGGGCGAGUCCAAUUUGGCAAAUUUCCAAACAUCACGAGUAGUAUUAAUCCCUAAUUGUACGAGCAACAUCGCAUGAUUACUUGUUUAUUAUUAGCAUGACAAAAUUGGAUACUUAUCAAUGUCAACAUCGAUCAUAUUCUCUCGCCAAAGCCCAGUCCUGCCAUACUUUCAACCAAAAUUUGGUGCUUUUGUUCGUAUUUUAAUUUAGUUCUUUUGUUAAAGCAAAAUUGGUGCUUUUGUUCGUAUUUUCAUCUAGUUCCUCUGGGGCAAUUUCAUUUCACAUUUGUGUUUAAAAUACGUUUCCGCCAUUUUGCCGGUUUGUUUUGGGAAAAUCAUUAAUUGUACUGCAGUACAAUUAAUGAAAUAAUUGUACUCCUCUCAACCAAUCAGCAUCCAGUAAUUUUGUCAUGCUAAUAAUAAAGUACGAAACAGACUCCGAACACAGGGUUUCAAACUCCAAGUAUUUGAAAAACAAGAGAUGAAGGCUUUCACAGAUUUUGAAUUUCAAGUGGAAUUAACUUUUAUUCAGAGUCUGUUUCGUACUUUAUUUUAUGAAGUUAUCGCAGGUAUAUUGGUAGUGAUGCACCGAAUCGUCAUAUCGGUACUAAAAUAGAAAUAUCGGUAUCGGUAAUUUUCUUGUUGAUAUUACCGAUAUUACAAACUGUUAUUAAUGAUUGGUGAUAGUUGCAGUUCAAUAGUUAUUUUUAUUACAAAUAAACAGUCACGCGUAUAGUAAUAUGCUAGUUUGUUGCAUGCAUUUGCAGCAUUUUCAUUUGAUAUUUUCAGUAUUUCGAAACAAAUAAAUUGAAUUAAAUUCAAAAGUGUUAAAGUAGAACUGUCAUGAUGUCAUCUUUGCAUUUUGUGAAAUGACAUAGAAUAUCGGUAUCGGCAAAAUGUCGCAGUCCUUCAAUAUCGGUUAUCGGUGAAUUUCACUGAUUGUUGACGGCAUUUUUAGAUGGAAAUUUCGAGUGGUAUUUAUAUACAUUUAAAUAUUGGACCUAACCAUGCAGGAGCAGUUGUGAAAAAUGUAACUAAAGGCCCUCUGACAGGAAUCGAACCCGCGGCCCAGCGAUUCCGGUACAUGGAGCUGAGCUACAGUUGUCGAGCUCUAACCACAAAGUUCAUGUAUAAAUAAUGAGGUGAUGUAUGCAGUGCACGGUCUUCAGGUAAAUAUCAUGAUUUGGGACAGCUUACUCAAACUUAAGUUACAGCUCGACAACUGUCUCUUUGUAUAGCUCGGUUGGUUAGAGCGAAAUCGCAGGGUCGCAGCUUCGAUUCCUACCAGAGGGCCGAUAGUUGCAGUUUUCGCUAAUUGCUCCUGGCUAGGUCUAAGGGAGCGGUCAUUAUUUAUGGCGGGGGGUGGCACCGAAGAGAAAAGGGUUGGGUAAACAAAAUUUUGAGUGAGUAAAAGGAUGGGUAACUAAAAAAGAAAAUAACUCAAGGGUUGGGUGAUAAAAAUUUAUUGUCAUUUCCAAAGCAUGACUCACUCAAAUUUUGGAGACUGAGAAACAACAUGCAGUCAUCAAUAUUAAUAUGGCAAGAUGUCAACAGUCAUAUGUCAAUACAAUAUGUGAAUCAUUCAGAGAAUCAGAGUCACUAUAUCUUGAUAAUUUCUCGAUUUGUUGGGAGGCAAAUGGUGUCACAGAAGUGGUAAAGGACAUGUGUGACAACUGAAUGGUAUUUAUUGUAACGUUUUUGGCCGGGGGUGGGUAUUUAUUUUUUAAUUAAUAUUUGAGGUUGGGUAAUCAAUUUUUUUACUUUUUAAUGGUUGGGUCAGCAAAAUUUUUGCCACGUAAAACAUUUCUCUUCGGUGCCACCCCCCCCCCCACCAUAAAUAAUGACCGGUCCCUUAAAUGAAUGUGUCAUAAUUCCACUCGAAUUCUACAAAUCCAUCUACAAACCUUCAAAAUUAGCUAGUAUAGUCGUGCGAGUAUUGAGUUGGUUCUCAGCAUAGAGGUAAUGGUCUUGGGAUACAUGUCUUUUGUGGUGGAUUCUUACUGCGUGUCCUACAAAUACUUGGUUUUCAGUUAUGUCAAUGCUUUUAGAGAAUUAACAUGGUUAUUGAAACUUACGUUUUGUAGAUAAUGUCCAUUUUCAAAACAGCGCACAACUGAUUGAAGUUAUGACUCAGGCUGGAGUAAAAUUUGAAAUGCAGGUAAGUUUGUUUCCUGCAAUGCGGUCUUUUAAACUGUGAUUAUAACGAAAUUCAAGCCUGUUUAUGUAGAGAGAACUCGUAAAACUGUAAAAUAAGUCAUAUUCGAGAAAUUCUCCUACAAAAUAUAUGAAUAUAUUACCAAUACAUUGUUUCUGUGUCUUUUAUUUUCAGAUUUAUACUGAUAAACAUCAUUCACUCGAAGGAUUAAACAUUCACAAACAUUUAUAUAACUUACUGACAGAUUUCUUUAAAGAUAAGUUAAAGUUAUAG